CUUCUCUUCCACAAGUAGCAAAUAUUAAUAAUGCUCUGGGGAAUGAAGACUGUGGUUAUUUAAACAACACUCAGGCUGCUGAUGCACAGUGCUCAGACAUCAUGCCUUUCUUCUGUUACUCAGAAAUCACUGGAAAACAACAAAUCAUCAGAGUGAAGGUCCGGUCCAGUCAGGAUGUGAAGGAUCCUGCAGUAAAGGAGGCCAUAUUGGAGCAGAUCAAUCAGAAACUGAAGGAUCAUGGGAUGGCAAAGAACAUCACCGUGAAAUGGAGAGAACAACCAGAUGGAAAUGUGUUUCACAAGGAGAAAGAAAAUAACAGUGAACAAUAGAAAUAUCAUGUUAGUGUAAAUUAAAUAAUCAUUGUAGGCAGGAGUGGAAAACAUUCUGAGAAGUUAAUCUUAAAUUAAAGUGUAGAUAAUGUGAAUCUUAAUUAAACGUGGAACUGUCUGGCCAAAGUUUAAGAAAAUGAAAGUAAAAUGUUUACUCUUUGCAAUGUAGUAAAAAUUAAGAA